UUUUGUUUUUUCAAUUCUUAUUCCCUUUCUGACCGGAAAAUCCGCCGCUCUUUUCUUCCUUUCAUCACCAGAAUUUCUCGUUCUUUUCCCUUUCUAUCUUUUUUUUUCCUCUUCCUUUCCAUAAUUUUUUCUUGUCAAAGUUAUGUUACUGAUAUUCUACUUGGGUUCUUCUGUUCAGCUGGAGGAGGGGGAAAAAAGAAAAGAAAGAAAUUGGAGGUACGAUUGCCGGAUGGCGUCUACAGAAGAGACAGCCACCGCGUCCGAGAAGCCUUCCAAGAACGAAAAGGCGGCUCCACCCACUGCCGCGGUGGUUCCUCCGUCGCCGUCUCAAGAAUCACCUGCGCCAGCGCAACAGCUACCGCCGCCGACGACCCAUGUGUACGAAUGGGCGGCGUCUCUGCAGGCUUUCUACGGCAGUGGAGCUGCCGCUACCACGCCGCAGGCUUUCUUCCCACCCUCUUCCCCUUCCCCCCAUCCCUUCGUCUGGGGACCUCAUCAUCUGAUGUCGCCUUAUGGCACCCCGAUCACGUACUCCCCCAUGUAUGCUCAUGGAGCGCUGUAUGCUCACCCCUCCAUGGCGGUGGGCAUGACUUACCCGACUACUGAGCCGUCAGAUGGGAAGAACAAGGGCUCGGCGGCCAGCAAGGGGAGUUCUGGGAAUGCUGGGGGUUCCCCAGGGAAGUCAGGGGACGGUGGUAAAGUUACUUCAGGUUCUGCAGAGAAUGCAUCCCAGAGUGGUGACAGUGGAAGUGAGGGGUCGUCGGAUACAAGAGAUGAUAACACUGAAUCAAGAGACUUAUCAGCAUCGAAAAAGAGAAGUUAUGGCAAUAUGAUAGCAGAAGUAGAAACUUCACAGCCCAUCGUUGCUGCCCAAUAUUGUGGCACAACCGCUGAACCAUCUUAUACUAGUAGGGGAAGAUCUGCCACAAAAUUGCCAGUUUCAGCACCAGGGAGGACAACGCUAACUAGCCCUCCGACUAACUUGAAUAUAGGGAUGGAUCUAUGGAAUACUUCCCAUGCUGGAGCUGGACCUGUUAGAGCUAGACCAAUGGAAGUGGGUGUUGCAACUGCAACAGGGAGACGGAAGGGGGCCACAGCUGAACAGCAGUGGAUGCAGGAUGAAAGGGAAUUGAAGAGGGAGAGAAGGAAACAAUCGAAUAGGGAGUCAGCAAGGAGGUCGAGGCUACGAAAGCAGCAAGAAUGUGAGGAGUUGGCAAGGAAGGUGGCUGAACUGAACAAUGAAAAUAGUGCACUAAGUGUAGAGCUUGAAAAUCUCCAGAAACUCUGCAGGGAUCUAAAGGCAGAAAAUGAAUCAUUAGAGGCAGGCUUGACUCGCUUCUAUGGGGCUGGUGUAGCUUCUACUCUAGGCAUCAAAGGUGAGUCACCAGCAAUGCCAUCAGUUGGUGGUGACAGCAGUGGCCAUGUUCAUCAAAGUCCAGUUGAUUCCAAUCAGAACACUGGGAAGUUCUAUACUGGCACUGGUAAUCCUGAAUCCACAUCAAGAUGAAUUUUUAAACCUUUUAUUCCUUAACCACCAUCUUAGGAGCCUUGACACUUUCUGCCCAUGGAGAGGGUAUGUAAAGCUGCCGACAUGCAUAGGUAAAAGAUACUUGAGCUUUCCAGUCUUUAAGAGCUUACGGAUCGUUGAAGAUUACACCGAGAAAAAGGGAGGUAUUUUAUGGACUGAGGUAACAAUUUUUUAUAGCUCUAUAUUAUAGAUUUUUUCCCCUGUAACAAGUUCGCUAACUACGAUUACCAAAAAAACUUAGCUAAUUCUGAUGAAAGAGAAACAACUCCUCUCGUGUGUGUCUGUAGUUUGGGGGGAAACUUCUCUGCUUGUUUCAUUGCUCUGUUUUGGUGUGAGGGAAAUCUCAUAUGAAAACUGGCCUAUAGUUUAAGUUUGAACCGGCGUUGGUCCCAGGUCUCUGGUACAAACACCUAAGAGACAUUGCCAACGGACUAGCCGGCACAUUGGUAACUGUUUGAAAAUGUGUAAUGUUUCUUAUAAUCUUGAGAUUCAUGUAUUUAUAGGAUUGCCAUCAAACUAAAAUCGCUUGUAUUUGAGUUACCUCACCUAUCUCGGCAACAUACUUGCCCUGUUUAGUCUUUUC